AUGAAGGGCGCCGCCGCCGCCGCCGCCGCCGCCGCCGCGGCCCGCGGGGCUACGUCACAGCGCCGCGCCCGCCCCGCCCGCGGAGGGUACGUCAUGGAGCCGCGCCGGCCCGCCACCGUCGGAAGAGGUGCGCGUCAUAGCACGGCGCCGGCCUCGCCCCGCCCCCCAGGCUGUCGUCAGUGCCGCGCGACGCAGCGCUCGCCGAUGACGUCGCGGCGGUGCCCCUGGAGGACGGGGCGCUGGGUCGGCCGUGACCGUGUGCUCGGCGCCGGUCCCUUCCCGUCCCGUCUGGCCAGCGGCGGCCGGGACCCUGGCACUCGACGUUGCUCCGGAGCUCAAGCAGGAGGGCAGGCGUUCGGCGUUCAGCGUCCCGGCUCGUCGCGGCGCAGACCUCAGCGCAGACGCCUUCCGGGUUCCCGGCGCUUAGUAGCGGUGGCCUUGAGUCUCGGCGGACACCGCUCAGGUCGCACGCUAGGCCAGCAGCUGACCCCGAGGCUCCACGUGCCACAGGGGCCCUCAGGAGGAAUGGCCACCAUGGGCAGGCUGCUUGGAUCCUGCAGCCCAGCCUGGCUCUGGGUCCUUGGAGAAGGCCAUGCCUUCCGGCUCUUCCCCCUGGAACUGCCCCCUUCCUGCCCUUCCCUCACCCCCUGGCCUCCUCGAGAUGAGAAGUAUGGUGUGAUCGCAGCGUUGACAGAGAACCUGCUGCGGCAGCAUGUGCUGACGGGGUCUGCUCCGGCGCGCCGCGGCCUGCACACGUCCUCCCGGCAGGCUGACAGCAGCAGGGCCUGGCUCACGCGUGUGCACCGACAGGCCUAUGCACGCCUCUACCCCGUGCUCCUGGUCAAGCAGGACGGCUCCACCGUCCACAUCCGCUAUCGGGAACCACGACGAGUGCUGGAGAUGCCCGUGGACCUGGACACCCUGUCCCCAGAGGAGAGGCGGACGCGGCUCCGGAAACGCGAGACCCAGCUCCAAAAGAAAAAGGAGGAGAAGCCGGAGCUCAGUGAUGACUUUGACGAGGAGCGGUACAAGCGGUUUUGGACAAAAAAGUGACCUGCCUGGAAGCUGCCCUGGGUGGGGAGGGUGUGUCUUUAAAUGGUGUGUUCACAAA